AUGUCUACCACCACGAACGAGACGGUCACCGCGCCGAUCACGGCCGACACCAUCCUCCGCCUUUUUCCAGACAUUGACACGAGCGGAACAGCCCUCGAAGGUCACGACGAGGAGCAGAUUCGUCUGAUGGACGAGGUCUGCAUUGUCACAGACGACAAUGACUUGCCAAUCGGGACUGCCAGCAAGAAACUCUGCCACCUCAUGACCAACAUCAACAAGGGUCUCCUCCACAGGGCGUUCUCCGUUUUCCUCUUCAACGAUAAGAACGAGCUGCUCCUGCAGCAGCGCGCAUCCGAGAAAAUCACCUUUCCCGACAUGUGGACCAACACGUGCUGCUCGCACCCCCUGAACGUGGCUAACGAAACCGGUUCGACCCUCCCGGAUGCCGUCCUUGGUGUCAAGCAUGCUGCGCAGCGAAAGCUGGACCACGAGCUCGGUAUCAAGAAGGAGCAGGUGCCGCUGGAGAAGUUCCGCUUCUUGACGCGCAUCCACUAUAAGGCGCCGAGCGAUGGCCAAUGGGGCGAGCAUGAGAUUGACUACAUUCUCUUCAUCAAGGCCGACGUCGAUGUCACCCCCAACCCGAACGAAGUGCAAGCCACGCAAUACGUCUCGCCCGAACGUCUGAAGCAGCUCUUCGAAGAUCCGACCCUGAAGUUCACUCCCUGGUUCAAGCUCAUCUGCAAUUCGAUGCUCUUCGACUGGUGGAAGCACCUCGACUCGGGCCUCGACAAGUACAUGAACGAGCAGGAGAUUCGUCGGAUGCUUUGA